UUCCACAGUUGGUGCAUCCACUUUUGGUAUGCAAGGAAUCACCCUGAAAAAUGGAAUCUUUCAGGGUGAUUCCUUGUCGCCAUUGCUCUUUAUCAUUGCCAUGAUACCUCUGUCAAUAAUCUUAUGACAAACAAACUUUGGUUAUCAAACAUCAAAAAAAUCUCAAAGAAUUUCACAUCUGCUAUAUAUGGAUGACUUGAAGCUCUAUGGAAAAAGUGAAACUGAAAUCUGCUCUUUGACUAACACUGUCCGAAUCUUCAGUAACGAUAUCAGAAUGGAGUUUGGACUGGACAAGUGUGCAACUGUGGCACUGAGGAGGGGCAAAAUCACAGAAAGUGAGGGUAUUAAUAUGCCAAAUGGUCAAACCAUAAAGUGCCACCAGCCAGAAGCCUACAAAUACCUGGGCAUACUGCAGCUGGACAGUAUCAGGCACAAGCAAGUGAAAACUCUCAUUAGUAGAGAGUACACUCAGAGGAUUAGAAAGAUUCUCAAAAGCAAGCUCAACGGAGGCAAUACCAUCAAGGCCAUGAACACCUGGCCUAUACCUGUCAUAAGAUACACUGCGGAUUUUAUAAACUGGACACAAGCAGAAUUGGACAAUCUCGAUAGAAAAACAAGAAAACUCAUGACCAUUUAUUGUUCGCUACAUCCGCGCAGCGAUGUAGACCAGUUGUAUCUGCCUAGAAGGUUGGGUGGUAGAGGCCUAUUACAAGUAAAACAAACUGUUGAAGAAGAAAAAUAUGCACUAGCAGAAUAUGUCAAGGACAGUGGUGAGCCUGCAUUGAUUGCUGUCAAUGAUAGAAAACUCCUUAAAGCACAGCAGACAAAGAAUCAGUAUAAGAAAAUUACAUUACAAGCUAGAGCUGACAGCUGGCGUAAUAAGGUGUUACAUGGACAGUUCCUGGACAAAAUUGAAGGAAAAUUGGAUAAAGAAAGAACCUGGUUAUGGCUUACCAUUGGAGCAUUGAAGAAGGAGACAGAAGGCCUGAUUUUUGCAGCCCAGGAACAAGCAAUCAGAACAAAUGCAAUUAAGGCAAGAAUCGAAAAAUCUGCUGAUGAUCCAACCUGCAGACUAUGUAAAGAAGCUGUUGAAACUAUUGAUCAUAUUCUCAGCUGCUGCAAAAAAAUUGCACAGACAGACUAUAAACAGAGACAUAAUUCUGUGGCCAAAAUGAUCCAUUGGAACCUGUGCCACAACUAUCAUAUACCUACAGGAAAAAAUUGGUGGAAACAUAAUCCCGAAAAAGUAGUUGAAAAUGAUUGUGUCAAAAUACUAUGGGACUUCCGGAUUCAGACUGAUAAAGUUCUGGAACAUAAUACGCCAGACUUCACGAUUGUGGAGAAGAAGAAAGUGUGGAUCAUAGAUGUCACCAUACCGGGUGACAGUAGAAUAGAUGAAAAACAACAAGAAAAACUUAGCCGAUAUUAUGACCUAAAAAUUGAACUGCAACGUCUCUGGCAUAAACCAGUACAGGUAGUCCCAGUGAUUAUUGGCGCACUGGGGGCUGUGCCAAAAGAUCUUAGUCGGCACUUACAAGCCAUAAAUAUUGACAAAAUUACUAUCUGUCAGUUGCAAAAGGCCACCUUACUUGGAUCUGCUCGCAUCAUUCGAAGAUAUAUCACACAGUCUUAAACGCUUGGGAAGUGUUUGACUUGUGGUUUUGUGUUUUUG